AUGGCACCAACUUUUUAUCCAGUGACCGCUCCCUACAGCGAGCCUCUGCUACCGCAACUCGACGUUAAAAAUCCCUAUUACACCGAGACUCAUUACAAUCUACGCAAAUAUGUUCGUGACUACGUAGAGAAAAGUAUCAUCCCAUACGCCCAGGAAUGGGAAGAGGCGGGCCUGGUUCCAGAACAAGUGCGCCUCCGUCACUAUCAGCUCGGAUUCGGCAUUGUACACCCCCUUACCAGCCCCGAAGAUGCAGCCAAUAUAGCUCUUCCGGGUGGAGUACUCCGUGAGAAGUGGGAUACUUGGUGCUCGCUCAUCGUUGCUGACGAACUGACCCGAUGUGGAUUUGUCGGCGUUGUUUGGGGCUUAGGAGGAGGCAAUAACAUCGGAGCACCUCCGAUUGCACGAUUUGGAACACCAGAGCAGAGGCGACGCUGGCUUCCAGGUGUGGCCAGUGGAAGGAUUCGGUUUUGUCUUGGAAUAACGGAGCCAGAAGCCGGAUCGGAUGUCGCAAGCAUCACCACCAGGGCGAAGAGAGAAGGAAACCACUACAUCGUCAAUGGUGCCAAAAAGUGGAUUACCAAUGGUAUCUGGGCCGAUUACUGCACUGCUGCCGUACGUACUGGGGGUCCGGGACGAAAGGGAGUCAGCGUCUUGGUGAUUCCUCUCAAAGAGAAAGGCGUGACUCGCAAGCGUAUGCAUAACUCUGGGGUGAACGCUAGCGGCUCCACUUUCCUUGAGUUUGACGAUGUUCGUGUUCCAGCCGAUCAUAUUGUAGGAAAAGAAAAUGAGGGUUUCCAAAUCAUAAUGUCGAACUUCAAUCCGGAACGCUUGUCACUUUCUUGCGCAGCUCUUCGAUUAGCACGAGUCUGUAUCGAGGAUGCCUUCAACUAUGCAGUUCAGCGGGAGACAUUUGGAGCACCUCUGAUAACUCGGCAAGCAAUCCAGUCCAAGAUAACCAAAUGUGGUAUGCUCAUUGAGCCCGCUCAAUCAUUCCUGGAACAGCUGGUAUAUAUCAUCGAGACUACCAAAGAUCGUCCCGAUGCAGUCAACAUUGGUGGUAUGACCGCAUUACUCAAAGUGAUGUCGACAAGAGCACUCGAGAAAAGUGUGCGCGAAGCCCAGCAGAUCUUCGGAGGGGCUGGUUAUAACAAAGGAGGUAAAGGUGCCCGUGUAGAGCAGAUUAGUCGCGACGUUCGUGUACAUGUUGUGGGAGGAGGUAGUGAGGAAAUCAUGUUGGGCUUAGCGUUGCAGGAGGAAACCAAAGCUUUGAAGGCACGAGCAAAGGCACAGGCAGCCAAGCUUUGA